AUCAGCCACGGCCAAGCAGCAACAACCUCCACAAACUGUCACAGGAAAUAGUUAAAAUAAAUAUUAAAUGUUACAUGGCUGGCUGGCAGCGCACAGUACAGAAGUGACAGCUGAGCAGAAAGAGCAACAGAUGAUCAGUGAAGCACCAUGGCCUGUGCCGAUAUUGACUUGGACAUCCAUGGAGCUGAUGAGGAACCACGCAGAGCCGGCCAGAGUGAGCCGCUGAUGGUGCGAUGUUACCAAGCUGUAGAGCUCAUGCCAGACGACAAAGGGCCGCUGCAUGACCUGCUGCAGAAACAACCUGCUGUGUUGGGGUCUCUGCAGAUGGUGAGUGGUCUCUUCAGUGUUGGAGUGGGAGUUAUUUUUGCUGUAACCCAGAAGAUGGAAGACUCCCUUUUCACUCUGUUCAGAGUUUCACAACUGACUGGAGCACUCUUCAUCAUUGCUGGAGUUGUUUCCAACCUGUUGUUCAAAUAUCCAGUAUUACUAACCGUAUCCUUCAUGGUUAACUUGGGCUGUAUUAUUGUAGCUGUAGUUGCAGCUUGUCUGAUAAGUGUUGACCUGGCUCACUGGCAUCAAGAAAAUGAGCAGCAUUUAAGGAUGGAGGUGCUGGAACUUUGUGUGUUGUUGCUUGAGGUUUUUCUAUCUGCAAUCCUCUGCUUCUGGUUCUGUAAAGAGAAACGUGCCAAAUCACCAUGAUCAAGCUGCUGAAAUUAUUUGAGAAGAAAUUUGAGAAUGUAAUACUUUAAAUUAACUGCUUGUAUAUGGAGGACCAGUUGGCUGUAUAUUAGUGCUUAAAAGAAGUUAAGUUACUGUAUUAGCAAACAUGUUUUUGAAAACAUGAAAGUGUGGCUUUCUGUUCUGUGUCAAUUGCCUAUAUUGAAGAUGAAACCCGUGCUGAACAGCCCAGGCUGUGGUCUGCUUCUGAUGUUUGACUUGGACUGAGAACACAAGACUUGUGGUAAACAAAUGUCAGCUUCUCUCAUGUGAAGAAAAUACCACUUCUUCAUUCUCCUCAACCUCUGCGUCCCUGUGUGUAACGGAAGCAGUCGCACUCAUAGUGCUGCACUGUCAGACGAUCGGCAAGGGUCUCUGUGUGUGGUUUUACACUUGUGCUUGAUUAUCAGUGGAAAUAUCUGCAACUUGUUUUUAGCUGCAGUCUCACCUUCAGCUGGUUUCACAUACAGAAAGCUUUACUGAACUAUGAAGGAUUUGUAUGUUAUCGUGUAGGCUUGUUUUUUUGUUUGCAGCUGAGGCAGUCAUUAGCCACUGGUGGAAAUACUUAAUUUCAUGUCAAAAUUAACUGUGGCAAAGAAAUUAAUACAACAACAUGUUUUAAAAUGUUUAAUCAUCUGUACAAACUUGUUAUAACACAGGAAUGGCAACAGAAGAAAACAAAAUACAUAUGACAGUACAACAUU